GAACUACAUAUUCCAGAAUUGGCCUUCUUCACCAAACAAGCUAGCCCAAGAAACUACCCAAAUUUGAACAUAUUCUAAAAAGACCAAUAAACAAGCUAGUACAUCUAGUAUCUCCUUGGGAUAGGCUAAUUAAUUAAUUAAUGGGGUAUAGUGAUCAUCUUUAUCUCAAAUGGGUGAUGCUUGCCCUCUUUUUAUUAAUAACAUCACGAUCGAUUCACAUUGAAGCUCAAGGGAUCAAAUCCGCAAGGCUCCUAGAUCUCAUGAUUCGAGAUUACACGUUCAAGUCAUACAAAAAGUACUUCAGGACGGGCAGAGCGUACCAAAUCAACUUGCCAUCAAAUCUCACUGGCAUUAAGGUUUAUACGUCAAGGUACCGAUGUGGCAGCCUCAAGAGAUAUGGUGCAACUAUUACUGAAUUCCACCUGAAAGCUGGUGUAGAAGCUCAUCCUUGUAUAGAAAGAAUCCUUAUAGUGACCCAAAACCUAGGAAACAAUUGGUCCAAUAUUUACUAUGAUAACUAUGAUCAAUUAGUUGGUUACCAACUUGUGUCACCUGUACUAGGUUUACUAGCUUAUAACUCUGGGGACGAUGCGAAUUUUAACAUGCAGUUUGAGGUUAAAAUUCGGUCCCCAGAUAAGGGUGGGAUUGAAAUAGACUUUACUAAUUACACAUCGAAUGGAAGCUCAACGUUAGAUGGUAGAAUAAAGAUGUGUGCAACAUUCAGAGGAGAUGGAAAGGUGACACUAGAAAAAGAGGUUGCACCCAACAUUUGUGUUGCCAUGAGCCAUGGGCAUUUUGGGCUGGUGGUGCAAUCCCCAUUGUUGCCGGUGAGGAAGAAGAUGAAAAGGUGGACCGUUGCAUUUGGAAGCUCGGUUGGUGCUGGCAUCGCUGUAUUUCUGGUUGGGUUGCUUUUGAUCGCGAUGUUCGUAAAGGUAAAGAAGAAAGCAAGAUUAGAGGAAAUGGAGAGAAGGGCGUAUGAGGAAGAAGCACUACAAGUUUCAAUGGUAGGACACGUGAUCAGGGCACAUACUGCUUCUGCAACCAGAACUAGUCCAAGAAUUGAGCAAGAACUUAGGGCUCCUCGAUCGGUAAGUUAAUUACUAUUUUGAUUUUGAUCAAAUUGUUUAUAUUUAUACUACCAUGUAUACAUACAUUUUGUAACCAUAAUUCACUGUUACGUACAAUCCUAUAAAUUAUUUGU